CAAGAUGGCUGCUUUCAAAACAUGAAAUCUUUCUCGGCGGUAUCAAAGUCCGUAUUUACAGAGAUAGGAGUAAUAAUUGAUCAUUAAUCUGGUGUUUACUUAGAUGACGUCUGCUACUAUAGGGGUAACCGUAUACUUCCAUGAUGCCCAUAGAAGGAGUACAACUUAGGCAGAAGAAGACGAAGCAACAGCGGAUCAGUGUUCGCCGUACGCUCAGUUCGCAAGAUGGGGAUUUUGACCUUAAACGACUAUCUGAGGGAACGAUAGAUAGCUCGUUACCACCGGCGCUCAGAUCAAGGUUGUGGGAACUCUUUGCUCAGAUUGAAAGGGAAUUUGAAUCAGUGUGUGCAGAGAACGCUGUUUUGCAAGACAAAGUUGAAACACUUACGGAAAAAUUGGAAGUGAUACAGGAGAAAGGAACAGCUGAUGGAAUGGACUCGCUGGAUGGUGCAAAAAUGUCUGUUAAAGUGAAAGAAAAUAGAGCAUUGUCAUUACCAGCGAGUUUUAUGAUGUCAUUGCCACAGAAUAUUCGUGAUAAUGUAUGGCAUUAUUGA